AUGGAACUCUGGGGAGGGGUAAUUAAGAAAAUCCGUUACACACUCAAAGACCUUUAUAAUUUGAUUGAUUUCUGCCAGAAGAAAGCAUUCUCAGUAGACGUACAAACCAGCAUUAACAGAGAAUUAGUCAAAGCAGACCUCAUACCAACUGGAAAGGAUGGUUAUAAUAAGCCCCCUCUUUUGGCAGAUGUUAUUGAUGUGGCUGAAGAUGAAAUUCGAGCUAGAUCCAUAAAUGCAUUUGCUGCAAUUGGUUUUGCUGAAGCCAAUCACAUGCUGCAGAGGAGUCUGGAUCAGAAGAAAGGUGAUGGCAAAAAGCGUGAGAAGAUGGUAGAGGAAAAUCCUCCCGAAAUGCUGCAAAAACAGGUUGAUAACUUGGCAAAAGCCAUUGAAACACUUACUGGAAAAUUGGAAAAUCAACCAACUACAGAAUAUUCCCGUGGAAACGAACGACCAACUGGACGACUUUAUGAUCCCCGACCCUGUGCCUACUGCCAUAGGGAAGGACAUUCAACUUACACCUGUUAUGAGGCUCAAAAGGAUGAAAAAGAAGGAAUAGUCAAGCGAGAUGGGCGUGACUUCUGUCUUCCAAAUGGCGACAAAAUCCCAUGGAAUCCUUCCAGACCAAUUCAAACUGUAGUAGCAACCAAUGCUGCAAAACCAAAACCUCAGAUCAACUCAGUUUUCAGGAUUAAUUACCCUACUUUAUCAGACAAUCAGAAGAGAAACUCAAGAAGAAAUUGA